AUAUACGGCCGCGCACAAUACGGCGUCGUCAAUUGCUGUGUUCACACGACAUUUUUUUGGUUCAGAUAUUUAUUCAAACAUCUAAACUCCGAAAACAGCAGUUUACUGCCAUUUUCGUAUCUCUAUAUGAAACUCUCUCAUUCUGCGAGAGCGAGAAUACUUGCUUGUAGAUAUAUCUAUGCUUUCGCUUCAGUCCCCAAUUGACCAGAUGAACGAAUCAACGAACGAUAGUCACAGUGACGAUGACGACGAUCGAGAUGCGGUUGACAACGGGGAAGAUGAUUGUAGCUCCUUUGAAGAAGAUGGAGAUAAAGGGAAGACGAGGAAGAAGAAGAAGAAGAAGAAGGAGUUGAAAGGUAUAAUUACGACUUUGCUUUUGCUGGAAGAGCAAGAGAAGCAUGAUCGGGAAGAAACUAACAAGGAAUCAGCGGAGUUGAGGCUCUCGUUUGAUGCGAAUCUCAAGAAGAGAAGUAAGAGUACGGUCGAUUAUUACUCUAAUUUACAAAGUUAUUAUACAGGUAUUGAAGAGAGAGAUGGCGUGAAGCGAAGGAAGUCGCGAGGAGUCAUGGCUGGUGGCAUCGCCGUUGCUGCUGCCGCUGCGGAAUUCGAUGAGACUAAUCUGGACAAACGUGCCGGACAUGGAAUUAAGAAUCAGGAAAAACAAAGGCGGUUGUGGGUGAAGGAACGAUUGAAUUCGUGGUGGGAUGAAUGCAAUAGUCCGGAUUUCCCAGAGGAGGAUUUCAAGGCGGCGUUUAGGAUGAGCAAGUCCACUUUCUGUAUGAUUUGCGAGGAAUUAAAUUCUGUCAUUGCCAAGGAGGAUACUACUCUGCGUACUGCAAUCCCGGUCAGGCAAAGAGUGGCUGUUUGCAUAUGGAGAUUGGCUACAGGGGAGCCUCUUAGGCUUGUAUCAACUAAAUUUGGUUUAGGUAUAUCUACUUGCCAUAAAUUGGUUCUUGAAGUUUGUUCUGCUAUUAGAAAUGUUUUGAUGCCCAAGUUCUUGCAAUGGCCUAAUGAGGACAACUUGAGGAAGAUUAAAGAAGAGUUUGAAUCAAAUUCUGGGAUCCCUAAUGUUGUGGGAUCUAUGUAUACUACACAUAUACCAAUUAUAGCUCCUAAGAUCAGUGUUUCUUCUUAUUUCAAUAAGAGGCAUACAGAGAGGAAUCAAAAGACAUCGUAUUCGAUCACGGUGCAAGGUGUUGUUGAUCCUCAAGGAGUGUUUAGUGAUGUAUGUAUUGGUUGGCCGGGUUCAAUGCCUGAUGAUCAGGUGUUGGAGAAGUCUGCCUUGCAUCAGAGAGCUAAUGCAGGGUCAUUGAAGGGUUUUUGGAUUGUUGGGGGUUCAGGGUACCCUCUAAUGGAUUGGGUGUUGGUGCCUUAUAAUCACCAGCAUUUGACAUGGACUCAGCAUGCAUUCAAUGAGAAGAUUGGGGAGAUUCAAAAGGUUGCCAAGGAUGCAUUUACCAGGUUGAAAAGGAGGUGGUGCUGCUUGCAAAAACGAACCGAGGUGAAACUGCAGGACUUGCCGGUGGUUCUUGGUGCAUGCUGUGUAUUGCACAACAUUUGUGAAAUGAGGAAUGAGGAAAUGAAUCCGGAGUUGAAGUAUGAGCUUGUUGAUGAUGAGAUGGUGCCUGAGGUUCAUUUGAGAUCAGUAAACUCAAUGAAGGCCAGGGAUGCAAUUGCCCAUAAUCUUUUGCACCAUGGGCUUGCUGGUACUUCUUUUCUAUAGUUGAAAGAGAGCACUUUAUAGAUUUCUUGUAAGAUUAUGAUUCUUUUGCCUAUGGCUUGUUGCAUUCAGUUUGUAGGACCGUGUUACAUGAAUUCAUCCUCAUUUGUUCUAGGGGAUUUGUAAAAGACUUGUUUUCCUCUUCUACAAAUAGAUGAUUGUAGAUUAUAACUAUACAUAACUGGAGUUACCUAAAGUUUUCAGAGGAAUGUUUGGAAGCUGGGUUUCUUACAUCUACUUCGAAAUAAAAGAGGAAUGCAA